GUCUUCGCGAGCGUACCAUGUCACGCUGUCUGAUGUUGGAAUAAGGAAGUAAAGAAUAUUUAGCCAAACAAAUGUAAUGUCACUGAGUAUGACAACCGCUAUUCUCCAACUCGGAUUAAACGGCAUGACAGCUGCAAUGUGAAAAGGAGCACACCUCGGAAAAUACACGUCAGACACUCUUGCGCACAACAUGAAAGUUUUUGUUUCGGUUCGUGUUUGAUAUGUUGUAGCCGAGACUAUGCGAAGGAUGGAAAACCUUGCUUUUAAAGCAAUCCUCUGCUCGGGGAUCAUCGGAAUUCUCGCUGUUAUAGUUGCAGUUGGUCAAAGUUUUGGACUACCAGUAAUGGUGCGUCCUCUACCAACGGCGUUCGGCGUGCUGUCUCUUGGUGGAAUGGCUUUGCUUUGGAGAGAUCUCAGAGGGAGGGUGAAGGGAGAGAACCGGACUGUCGGCAGUCUUCUCAGCCAAUACUUCGCCGUGAAGUUGGUGGGCUGGCUGGGGAAGAGACAGAGAGCCAAACUGGAGACUGAUACACAGGACAUUCGCCGUGCGCAAGAAGAGACGCUCUUGAAACGGUUGCAAAAGAACGCGAACACUUUGUAUGGGAAACAGUACGACUUCGGUUCAAUUAAAGAUUGUGAGGCGUUCCGUCAGCGCCACCCGGUGACGGGAUACGAGCACUACCGGGAGCUGGUGAAGCGGGUGGCCGCGGGGGAGGCGGCGGUUCUUACCGCGGAGCGCCCGCUCAUCCUGGCCAUGACCUCGGGAACGUCGGGGCAGAGCAGCAUGCUCCUGAGCACCAAGGACACCAACACCGAGUUCUUCCUGCAGGGUGUGUGUGUGGGUCUGGAGGCCAUGCAGCGAGCCUUCCCCGCCACAGAGAGUCUCCAGCGCACCCUGAAGUUCUUCUACACGCCCACGCUCCGCCACUCUGAAGCGGGCAUCCCCAUCGGCCCCAACUCCUCCACGCCCGCCUCCUCCCGCCACAUGCUCCACCUCCUCACCACCCCGGAGCCUGCCUUCAGGGUGCCCAGCGAGAGGGACACUCUCUACCUCCACCUACUGUUCGCACUCAAGGACCGCAGCCUGGGGACGCUGGAGUCCAACUUCGCCUCCACUGUAUUCUAUGCCUUCAGGGCCCUGCAGGAGCGUUGGGAUGAGCUGCUCACAGACAUAGAGCUGGGCCGGGUCAACCCAAACCUGAAGCUGGAGCCGGACGUCCGGUCGGCGCUGGAGAAGCUGAUGGCAGCAGACCCGGGGCGAGCGUCAGAGCUGCGAGCCCACGGAGAGAGCGGGUUUGAGGGCAUCGCCAUGCGGGCGUGGCCCCAGCUGAACCUUGUGCUGGCUGUGGACUCGGGCUCCAAUCAGAUCUAUGGGGAGAUGCUGAGGCAGCAUUACUGCAAAGGAGUGCCCUUCUACUCUCCGUUCUACGCAGCCACUGAAGGUCUGAUCGGGGUGAACCUGUGGCCUGAGCAGGAGCGUAGGCAGUACCUGUUGUGUCCUCGCGCCAUGUUCUGUGAGUUCCUGCCCGAGGCCUCGCUGGACGAGGAGAACCCACAGACGCUCCUCAUGGACCAGGUGCAGGAGGGACACAACUACGAGCUGGUCAUCACCAACGCUUCCGGACUCUUCAGAUAUCGACUUGGGGACAUCCUCAAGGUGGUUGGUUUCCACAAUAAAUGCCCCGUGGUUGAAUUUCAGUACAGGCGAGGUCAGAUGCUGAGUGUCCGGGGUGAGAAGGUGUCGGAGGCCUUGUUCCUGGGGGCGCUAAAGCACGCUGUGGCCCAGUGGCAAGGAGCAAAGCUGGUGGACUACUGCUGUGCUGAGAGUGGCAUUCUGGGAGAGAGUUCUGGAGGGGCACAGCCACAGUAUAACGUCUUCCUUGAGCUGAAGGGGGUGAGGAAUCUGAGUGAAGAGCAGAGAUACAAGCUGGAUCAAUGUCUUCAGGAGGACUCCGCUGUUUAUAAGUCCUUCCGGUUGAAAGGCAGCAUCGGACCAAUGAGAGUGCAGCUGGUGAGCGAGGGGGCGUUCCAGGAACUGAAGGGCCACAUGAUGGCCUACUCCAACACCUCCCCCAAUACCUUCAAGAUGCACCGCGUCAUCCGCAGGAAGGAGUACGCUGACUUCCUGUUGGGGAAGACCAUCUCCUGAGAGACCAUCUCUCGCCACAGACUGGCACCCCCGAGCCCAGAGAGUGCCCACUUGUAUGUCUGUCAGCGCUAAGAAUGAGUGGCACAGUGGCUCGUGGAGACACUAGAACUAUACUGGGCCACUAAGUAAAGACAUUUUUUUGGCCAAUUAAUAAUAAUAACAAGAAGAAGAAUUAUUAUUUACAGGUCUGUUAUUUAAGACAUUUCCGUGACCAUCUGGUUGCAGACUGCUUACUAAAGAGGAAUGUUGCCUUCAGGAAAGAUGUCCUCACUGCCAGAACUUCUGUCUCAUAUUAUCAGCCAUGACUGUCCACUUCCGAUUUUUCUCAUAUCAUCUUGAGUGGCUUAAACCCUUAUUGUCUAUAUCUUCAAUUCUUGCAGGCACUGAAUGGCCUUGACCGCAGUGGCAAGAGUUAUAAAGAUGAGGGACGCGCCAUUCGCACUUUUCUCAGUGGCCUUAUAUUAAUAAUAUUUCUUUCAUUUUGUGAUUUCUUUCUGUCUGAUUAAUGAUGAUACUUCUGACAGUGAAAUGAAAAAACAAAACAAAAAAAACAGCUGGCCUAUGGGAAUAAAAAUAAUGUGUUCAAUACACACAAAUGAAUUCAGCACAUUUCAGUAAUAAUAAAGACCUGUCAUGUCACAUGAUAGGAAUAAAGGGAGGGAUUAUGGGUAACGCCUAAGUGUUGUUUAACCUCAUCAGACUCAAACACUGAUGUAGUCUCCAUCGGACCUAACGAUGUGACCGAUGACUCAGGUUCACAUCACUGAUCUGUUGUGGGUUUGUGAUUUACACCAGGCACUAAUCCACGUGCAACUUCCAGUAUCCCCUCUAUGUGAUAUUGGGAAGCUGUAUCCCAGGGGUUGGCCUACACUAUGAAGAUGUGUCAGUUUGAGUGGCCUGUGAGUCUGUGGUCAUGCUGUCGGAUACUUACUAAAGCAGUAUACUGGAUUGGAACAAACACACAAAUAAAUGAACAAGGACUGUU